CAAGGCCGCGCCGACGAUUGACUUGUGCUGCAGUCUCGAGUUUCCAAUCGUAUCUUUACAGCAUUGUUCCUGAGGGUUGUAAUUUUUUCUCUCCGGGAGUCACCAGCCCUGUCGAUAGCCUUGGCCGCUCAGCGGUACGAUUUUCAACAUGGCGAUGAAGAUUGAUAUGUCACAAGCUUCUGUUAUGAAAGAUGAACAAGGCAGACCCUUCAUUGUCGUUCGAGAUCAAGGGAAGAAGAAGAGACAACAUGGAACAGAUGCUGUCAAAUCACACAUCUUAGCUGCAAGAACAGUAUCCAAUAUUGUCAAGACAUCACUGGGCCCCCGAGGGCUUGACAAGAUAUUAAUUUCGCCAGACGGAGAUAUCACCGUCACAAACGACGGAGCUACCAUUCUAUCCCAGAUGGAAAUUUCAAAUAAUGUUGCCAAAUUGUUAGUUGAGCUCUCCAAAUCGCAGGAUGAUGAAAUUGGGGACGGAACAACUGGUGUCGUCGUACUUGCUGGUGCCCUGCUGGAACAAGCUGCGGACCUCAUUGAUAAGGGUAUUCACCCGAUCCGCAUUGCGGAUGGAUUCGACCAGGCUUGCGAAAUCGCAGUUUCACAUCUUGACAAAAUCAGUGAUGAGGUUAAAUUCUCCCGUGAUAACCAGGAAAACCUCUUGAAAGUCGCAAAGACUUCUCUAGGCAGCAAGAUCGUUUCCAAAGCACAUGAUCAUUUUGCAAAGAUCGCAGUCGACGCAGUGCUUUCCGUUGCUGAUCUGGAAAGAAAGGACGUCGAUUUCGAACUGAUUAAGGUCGACGGUAAAGUUGGAGGAUCCUUGGAACAGUCGCUUCUCGUAAAGGGAGUUAUCGUCGACAAGGAUUUUUCGCAUCCACAAAUGCCAGACGAAGUUAGGGAUGCAAAACUUGCAAUUUUGACCUGUGCAUUUGAACCUCCAAAACCGAAAACCAAGCACAAGCUCGAUAUUACGAGCGUCGAAGAAUUCAAAAAGCUACAACAAUAUGAGAAAGAUAAAUUCACUGAAAUGAUUCAACAGCUAAAAGAUACUGGAGCAAAUCUCGUCAUCUGUCAAUGGGGCUUUGAUGACGAAGCCAACCACCUUCUUCUCCAGAAUGAUUUGCCGGCAGUUCGAUGGGUCGGUGGUCCCGAAAUUGAAUUGAUUGCUAUCGCCACCAACGGCCGAAUUGUUCCCCGAUUUGAGGACCUAAGCCCAGAAAAAUUAGGGACUGCUGGCCUGGUUAGAGAAAUGACCUUUGGUACCACGAGAGAGAAAAUGCUGGUUAUCGAGGAGUGUGCAAACAGCAGAGCUGUCACUGUCUUUGUUCGCGGAAGUAAUAAGAUGAUUAUUGAUGAAGCCAAGCGGUCACUGCAUGAUGCUCUGUGUGUUGUCAGGAACCUAGUGCGGGAUAACCGCAUUGUAUAUGGUGGUGGUGCAGCAGAAAUUUCUUGUUCACUUGCCGUGCAAGAGGCUGCUGAAAAGUGUCCUGGAUUGGCUCAGUAUGCCAUGCGCGCUUUUGCAGACGCAUUGGAUGCCGUACCCAUGGCCCUUGCCGAGAACUCCGGAUGGAGCCCUAUUGAAACCCUAGCCACAAUCAAAUCGCGACAAGUCAAGGAGCACAACUCAAGACUGGGAGUUGAUUGCAUGCAAACUGGCAGUAACGAUAUGAGAGAGCAUUUUGUCAUUGAUCCACUCAUCGGAAAGCGUGCGCAAUUACUUCUUGCAACCCAGUUAUGCAGACUUGUCCUAAAGGUGAACAACGUAAUCAUUGCUGGAGAGGACGAGGAUGAAUAUUAAAAGCCUGGUCACCUUAAUAGACUGGAGGGGACAUUGACCGCCUUUCCAAUCUUCUUUUUAUGAAAGAAUAAAGCUUUGAACAAAGGAAUAGUAUAAAAUGGAUUUCCAGUGAUAGA